ACAUUAUGAACACUGUACUAACGAAACACAUUGUUCCUGGGAUGCAAACAGCGAACAAGUUAUUAUUUUAAAAUGUUAUUAUUAAAAAAAAUUGACGUUUGCUUGUUACCACUGUUCAUAUUGCUCUUUGUUGGUCUUCGCGUAAUUUCAGGUCAACUGGUACGAAGUAAACAUGAAAAAAACAGGAAACAGGGUGAUCAAGUGUGCCGCCAAGACAUGGAAUGUGUUUCUAGAUCUGAAUACUGUGAUAUUAAUAUGGAACAACAAAAUCGACAAAAAUGUAGUUUUGGAAAUGAAUCACAGAUGGGCUAUUGCUGUCCUAUUAACAAAUUUAUUCGUCUAAAUACAGAAAGAAGAAUAACAAUAAAUGACGACGAUGAAUCAAUCUUGGACAAAAUUCUAAAUAUACCGUUUCCAGAGCCCAUUAAACCGUUACCAGAAGAACCAGAAUGUGGACAAAACAUUAAGACAUUAUCCAACAUAUUAAAUGUACAAAAUGCAAAAGCCAAUGAUUGGCCAUGGAUGGCGGUGUUUUUAGAGACGACAAACUAUAUAAAUUUCUGUGGUGGAGUAUUACUUAAUCGACGAUUUGUGUUGACUGCUGCUCAUUGUCUUAAAAAGUAUACGAAACAAGAUUUUGUUGUUAGACUUGGUGAGUACGAUUUCUCAACUAAUAAUGAGACACAAUACAUUGACUUCAGAGUGACAGAUAUUAGAUUACAUCCAGACUAUGAUCACGCUACGCAGGCCAAUGACAUCGCCAUAGUGAGGUUGAACAGACUUACAAUUUACAAUUCAUUUAUUCGACCUAUUUGUUUACCUAAAACAAAUAUGGAAGUGCACAAAAAAAACGCCGUCGUGGCCGGUUGGGGUCGAACAAUUUUCGGCGGUCAAGUCAGUAACGUGCUCCAAGAAGUAGUUAUACCGAUUUGGGAACAUGACCAGUGCGUUUCAGCAUUUUCACAACCAAUUUUCAAAACAAAUCUUUGUGCUGCAUCGUACGAAGGAGGCAAAGAUUCCUGUUUGGGUGAUUCUGGUGGUCCGUUAUUGAUGCAACGGCAAGACGGAAGAUGGACUAAUGUUGGAAUAGUGUCUUGGGGUAUAAGUUGUGGACAAUUCGGAUUACCCGGCGUAUACACAAAAGUAACUUCAUACCUCAAAUGGAUAGCUGUGAAUGCACAAGAUGUCAUUCAAAAGCCAUAUUGUUCUAAAAUGUUAUUAUUGAAAGAUGUCGCCGUUUACUCGUUACCUCUGUGCACGUUGCUCGUCGUUGGUCUUCACGCAGCUGCAUCAGGAUCAGGUCAACUGUUACGGAUUAAACUUGAAAAAGACACGGGACGGGAUGUUCGAGUAUGCCCACAUGACACAGAAUGUGUUUCAGGAUUCGAAUUUUGUGACAUAAAUUUGGGACCAGAAAACCGACAAAAAUGUGGUUUGGGAAAUGAAUUAUCAGCGAUGAGCUUUUGCUGCCCUGUUGACAAAGUUAUUCAUCCAAAAAGAGAAAAAAGAAAGACCAAUGACGAUGAUGAAUCAGACUUAGACAAAGUUCUAGAUAGAGCAGCACCAGAGCCCAUUAAACCGUUACCAGAAGAACCAGAAUGUGGUCAAAAUACUAAGUCUAUAUCCAAAAUUUUAAAAGUGCAAAAUGCUAAAGCCAGUGAUUGGCCAUGGAUGGCUGUGUUGUUAGAGACGACAAACUAUAUGAAUUUCUGUGGUGGAGUAUUACUUAAUCGGCGAUUUGUGUUGACUGCUGCUCAUUGUUUUAAAAAAUUUACAAAACAAGAUUUUGUUGUUAGACUUGGUGAGUACGAUUUCACAACUAAUAAUGAGACACAAUACAUUGACUUCAGAGUGACAGAUAUUAGAUCACAUCCAGACUAUGAUCAGGCUACGCAUGCCAAUGACAUCGCCAUAUUGAGGUUGAAAAGACCUACAAUUUAUAAUUCGUUUAUUCGACCCAUUUGUUUACCUAAAACAAACAUGGAAGUGUAUAAAAAAGACGCCGUCGUAGCUGGUUGGGGCCAAACAGUGUUCGGUGGUGAAGUCAGUAAUGUUCUCCAAGAAGUAGUUAUACCGAUUUGGGAACAUGACCCGUGUGUUUCAGCUUUUUCACAACCAAUUUUCAAAACAAAUCUUUGUGCUGCGUCGUACGAAGGAGGCAAAGAUUCCUGUUUGGGUGAUUCUGGUGGUCCGCUAAUGAUGCAACGACAAGACGGAAAAUGGACUAAUGUUGGAGUAGUGUCUUGGGGCAUUAGUUGUGGAGAGCCAGGAAUACCCGGCGUUUACACAAAAGUAACUUCAUACCUCAAAUGGAUAGCUGUAAACGCACAAGAUAUCAUUUAAUGAUUGAGUCCUGCUACGUUAUUAGGAAUAUUUCAUAAAUUUAUUUAAAUAAUUUUAACUUUCGAUCUAUAAUUAGCAAUGACAUACAUAUCAAAAUAAUAUAAAUACAUAUACUAUUUUAUAAAACAUGAAUAUAGCUUUAUUAUUAUUAC